AUGACAAUUCAAAUCCUCCAUGCAAUUCAACAUCUGUUAUGCAAUUUUGCAAAGAACAAUUCACCUCAUCACCUGAAUGAUCAUAGUGAUCUCAACUCACAGCUGAAUAAAAUAGUUCAAAAAUAUGCACGACAACUAUGUUUGGAUCAGUCUUUGGAGACAAAAUCGAAUCUAAUAAAUCAGAAACCGUCUAAGAAUAUGUCCUAUGAAUCUGAAAUGGAAAAAACUUUACAGAAGUUAAAUGAUGUUAUCCAGUUAAGGCAACAAUUACUUCAGGAACGUGCAACGCUAAAAUAUCAGUUAGAUAAAUUACUACAAAGAUCUGUAGAUAAUGCAAAUGAUGAUGUUGAAGACGUUGGUGGUGACGGUGAUGAGGGUGGUGACGGUGGUCGAUUCGCUAAUGAUGACGAUGAUGAUGUCGACCGUGGCGACAGUAGUAUGCUGCAUGCAAAACAAGAAGCUGUAGGUCCGAAAUCCAGAGAAACUGUCGAACAACUCAAAUCAAAAAUUAAAGAGCUGGAGAAACGCUGUCAACUACAACUGCUAAGACAUGAAGAAAUUCUCCUAGAAAUUGAAGAUGUACGCAAAAGAAGUUGUACAAAUUUAGGCAAUGCCUCAACUUUUUCCUCAUCAGCAACAAUAUCUCCGUCAGCGCUCAACACAACAUCGUUAUCACCAAAUUUUGUACAGAAUCAAAAUCACUAUCAGAAUGCUGUCAACACGCUUAACUCGUCGUUAUCCUCGUCACUAUGUCUUGUAGAUAUACCCACCUGUAAAACACCUUUAACCUUAGGUAUACCUAAAUUAGAUCAAGUAGUUAAAGUACCCGGACGAUUGUUAGAAAAAACUGGAAAACAAAAAAAAUCAAUACAAUCAGCUGAAAUGCAUUCACUGCUGGCUCAGUCAUCAAUGAGUAUUGAACCAAGUAGUAUAUCAACACCAUGUAAACAAGUUAAAGGAAGACUGUUUCGAAGUAAUACUGAACCUCAGGUUUCUGAAGGCAAUGAUCCCAAUCUUGUUGAAUUAUUCCAAGUGAUUGAAGAGUCCAAUAAGUCAACAGAUGUCCCAGCACCCCGUUCGAUUACAUUAGAGCGACAGUUAUUUCAAAGUAUCCUUAUUAGUUGGAAACCACCGGAGUUAAGCUCAAUGAAUGAUGGUAAAAUUGUCUCAGCCUACCAUAUCUACGUGGAUGGACAAUUCCGAUUAGCUGUAAUGGCUAAAGAGAAAACACGGGCGCUAAUCGAUAAUGUUGAUGCAGACAAGCCUCAUAGGAUUUCCAUUCGUUCUAUCUCUUCUCAUGGUCAAUCGAAAGAUGCACAGUGUACAUUGGUCGUUGGUCGAGGGAUGACAGCUACACCAGCCCGAUUGAAAGCGACACAAAUUGGAACAAAAUCAGCUAAAUUAAGUUGGAUUCCCGGGAAUAGUAAUUAUUAUCACCGAGUUUACCUGAAUGAAUGUCCACUACACUUAUGUAAACCCGGUGUGUAUAAAUUACAUCUUACAGAUUUACCUCCAGAUACUUUGCAUCAGGUUUGUGUUCAAGCCUUACCAUCACCGAUUAGUACGCCUGAACCUGUUCAACAACCUCCAUCUUGGAUUAAUGCUAGUUGGAGUGGUGUAUAUACACAAAAGUUAGCUGCUUUCAUUGAGUUUCGUACACUUCCUAUAGGUUUACCAGAUCCCCCCAGUCAUGUACAGAUAGAGGCUGGACCUCAAGAUGGAAUGCUGCUUAUCACAUGGCUUCCUGUCCCACAGGAUAAAGGUGCAGCUGACGCUGUAACAGCUGCUGGCGCUGGUAGUAGUUUACCUGUGCAAGGAUAUACUGUCUGCUUAAAUGGUCAAGCCAUUAUGGAGUUGCAAGGAGCUUCAAGAGAUCAUGCUAUCCUAAAGUUAUCCACUAUUAAAGAUCAUGUACAAAGAUUAAUGAGUAUUUCAGAGCAAUCAAUUUUACCCUUGAAAACAACAAUAACUAAUUUAAACCAGUCAUCCAUGGCAGGAUUAUCUGAACAAGGAAGUAAUCCUUUAAAGUCUUGUCAUGUUGUAUUAAAAGGUUCCGAAGGUCCUGCGUCGAAACCAAUACGUUUAACUGCUUGUUUAUUAAUUGCUGCAGCUGGUUCUCUUGAGGCGGCGUACACUGUAUUCGGACCAAGUCUUGCAGUGAAACUUGGCAUUAAUGAAGAUUCAGCAAAAACGGCCGGUGUAUCUUUGUCGUCAGUUGAUGGCUUGCAUGAAAUUACGUCUUAUCCAAAUGCUGAAAAUUUGAACUUUGAUGAUAAUCAUGGACUAUUGAUUGUAUCCGCUGGGACAGUUACACGUAAGCCUAGUCCAACUGCAGAUGCACUGGGCUCAGCUGAAGCUUUAUUACUACGCCGUAAACUAGAAAAACAAGAGUUAAGUGAUGAUUCACAAACAUCAUCAGACCAUCAUUCAGGUAAACCGAUAAAAAGUUAUAGUCAAACACAGAAAGUUAGGGGUACACCACAACAAUCAUUCUGGGAGACACGUAAUUCACAAAAGACAUCAACUGAUCGAAGUUAUGAUCAUCGUUCCCAUUAUUCUCAUUCUUAUCAUUCUCACCAUCAACAUCCACAACAACGACACUAUCAUCACCAGCGUAACCAUAAACACGCAAAACACAGACUUCGUCAGACACGAUCAAUCUCAGAUGAUUAUGAAUUGAAUGCAAAAUAUAGUCUUCCUAAAGAUGCCUAUCAUAGUGAUGAAGCUUCGCUUAACAGUUCUGUUUCAAGUGAAUCGCUCAAAGAAUCCGCCAAUCGUUGGUUCCGUACAUCUUCUUCGUAUAAUUUAACGACGGACUAUCCAAAUCGUCGAUGGAGACCUCGAGGUGGUACAAGAAGUCAUUCCGACAGAGGAUAUCCGCAUGAAUAUCAUAGAUACUUAACUAAUGAGAAAAUGAAUAGAAAAGAAGGCAUACCACGUAAACAACUGCACAGUCUUUAUGAUAAUGAAGCGUACCCUGUACAUGUUGAUCAACAGUCCAGUUAUUCAAGUAAACAUCCAAAGUCUUUCAAAAGUUUCACCUACAGUGGAAGAAUAUCACCAGAUCCUAGACAUGAUAUUAUAAGCAAAUAUGGUACAAAAAUAUUACUGGAUCACUACUAUCCAGACAGUCGAUAUACAAAAUAUGAUAUGAAUCCAUUUUCCUCAUCAUCUAAUGAAGAAAGAUAUCCUGAGACUAUUUACAGUAGUCGAAGUCAUCUCAGUCAUAGAGAUCGAUAUAAUAGGCUUCCAUUCUCUAAUAUUCUAACGCCUCAAACUUAUCCAGUGAAUACAAGAAGUCGAAGUACAAGUCCAAAGCAUAUUCAUAAAUUCAGUGUACCACAACAACCAACUAAAGUUACAGAAACAAAUUAUUUUAGUUUUCCAAAUGUUCCUAUCCACAGAACACCUAAACAUUAUCGGCCUUUAGCUAUGGGUUCAGAAAGCCGACGAUGGCCAAUCAGACAAAGGUAUUACUCCGCUCAUGCUAAUCCAUAUGAGAAUCUUUCAUUACCAGAAAUACAGAUAACACGAAACAGUAGUUUAUCAGACAAUGAACGUCAAUUUCAAGUAUCCGAUCAACAUCAACAAUCACAAUAUCCUUAUCAGAAUAUACGUGGACCAAUUCGGCCAAUUCGAUCACGUUUUAUGGAUACCAGACGACAUGGUUCACAUGAUCCUCAAACACUACAUCAUGAUCCAGCAUAUUCACGACAAAUGAUCCCAGCUGAUGCAACUUCUGCAUCAGGAUCAAAAAGAUCUCUUUAUCAUAAUAUGCCAUCAUUACCAAAUAAUCAACAUGAGCAUAAAUUGUCUUUAAAUCAAGUCAAUACUAAAGGUUACCGAUCAGGGGAUCAAGGAUAUGAUCCUGCAUUAGUGAAAAGUGGUAACCUCAGACAGCCUGUUGGAGCACCACAUCAUCAACAACAACAACAACAGCAAUUAUCAUCACAGUAUUCAAGGUCUGGGAAGACAUUUACACAAGAUGAACAACAAUAUAACUUGAUACAAAGACAUUCUAAUGAAGACUAUCCAGUUCGAAUGAUGCCUGGUGAAUCUAAACCAAUCCAAGUUGUAGUCGCACUGUAUGAUUAUGAUCCAGCUACUAUGUCACCAAAUAUUGACGGUGUACAAGAGGAAUUACCAUUUAGAGAAGGUCAACUAAUUAAGAUUCUUUCUGAAUGUGAUGAAGAUGGAUUCUACCUUGGUGAAUGUAACGGUCUACGAGGAUUAGUUCCAUCUAACAUGGUGUCAGAAUUAGAAGGUGAUCUGUCAAGAGUACAAAAAUACAACCAUUCUCUUGAUCCUCGUACAAAUCUGACAGAAUCAAAUUUUAUCCCAUCUGGUCAAAUGAGUAAAACACGUUCAGUGGAUAUUCCAUCACAAGGUCAAGGCCAAGGACAAGUCAACGCAUCUAGUAAGAACUAUUACAUGAGUAGAACACAUGAUCGGAUGAUUCCACAAACUCAUUCUGCACCAAGGAAUUUGGACAUGGUGAAUGAGCAUACAUUCCAUCCAAGCGCAACAUUACCCAAUUAUUCUGAAGUCAAAGAUAUCUAUCCAGAUGAAAUGACAGCAAUGGAUAGUAAUCUUCAAUCACAACAGGCUCAAUCGAAAUACACCGAUUCUAUGCAUACACCACGUACACUACAGAAUAAACCAUUGGAAAAAGUUAAACAUCCGCCAGAUCAGGAAGCCAGAAUUAUGACUGCCAUAUAUGAUUAUGAUCCACAUGUAUUAAGUCCAAAUGCAGAUAUUGAUGCUGAGCUGUCAUUUAGGUCAGGUGAACAAAUCACUGUCUUUGGUGAUAUGGAUGACGAUGGAUUUUAUUAUGGUGAGACUAGAGAUGGUCGUCGUGGUCUUGUGCCUUCAAAUUUUUUACAAUCUUGUACAAAUGAAAUAAGCUUUUCAAGUAAACCAAACAGUUCAUCAGUCUUUCCACCAUCACAAAUGUCUUCUACAAAUCCACGUGACCAUGACAGGCAAAAAAUGCAGACCAGCAGGAUGGUUUCAAGUAGUCGAGACCAAGGCCAUGGAAGUGAAUAUAAUAAUAGUCAGCCAGUAAGAAUACAAAGUCAGUCGAAUCCACCACCUUAUCAAGGUUCUAAUUACAUUAGGAAUACAAAGUUAGAGACAGUGUCAACUAGUGAAAAGGAAAGACUUGCCUAUAAUCCACAAUCUAGUUCACCACGUUUACAAACUAAUCGUCCGUAUAGUUCUACCAAUGAUGCUGAAGUUAUAGACAAUAAUUUUAAAUCCCCUAAUCAUCCUCGUGAUGAUUAUAAUCGUAAUGGGAUUGGACGAUUUCCAGAAAAUGAAGAAGAAUCUGUUAUUGUCAUGGAUUUAAAUCCAUAUCCAAAUAAUCCACAUAGAAAAAGUAAUUUUCCAUCAUUAGGUUUAUCAAGAGGUUCAUCACAGAAUCGUAGUAUUUCAGAGAAAGAUUAUGAUUCAAAUUAUGCUGGUCAAAAUGAAUCUGGUGUCAGUGGUGUUAAUGCUGGUAGUGUUAGUGGAUCAGGCUUACCUCAACAACGAAGACGUUCAACAAUACGAAGUUUAUUUAAACGUGAAUGA